CUAGGAAAUAAAAAUUUAAUUGUGUUUUGAGAGCGAAAAAAAUGGAAAAUAUUCUCAUGAGAAAUAUUCCCAUUUCUCACGAAGCAAUCAUGAAGCAUAAAUCUUUCAUGAAUGACGGAUCAUAGUAAAAAACAUAUGUUUCAAGUGUGUGAAAAUGAGUGAAGUAGAAAUGAAGAAAAAGAAGUAUGCGUGAAGAGUGAAUGAAAAAAGGACGCCAUAUCGCAAUUUCAAUCAAUUUACCGUGAUUUGUGCUAGUUGUACGCGAAAAAACUCCCCGGGAAGGCAAUCAUUUUCCCCUUGGAGCUACCCUCCAAUUGAGUGCUAGACUUGGGAAUUUUUUUUUUGCGUGGCACGACGAUUGAUGUACUCUUAGCCGCGCUCCGGCGGGACGCUUGUCAAUUUUGUGUGGGGUGAAGUGAGCUCCGAGUUACCGCCACCCGUUUGGGGCCCCGCAUCCGCGAAAUAUGGCGUGUAGUGCAUUCAAGUGGAGGAAGGUGCUCAAUUCAACGGGGCCCCAGCCACGCCCAAGGCAUGGACACCGUGCUGUUGCCAUCAAGGAGCUCAUGGUUGUAUUUGGGGGCGGGAAUGAAGGGAUUGUGGAUGAAUUACAUGUUUAUAAUACCGUAACAAAUCAAUGGUAUGUGCCAGCAACAAAGGGUGAUGUACCACCUGGCUGUGCAGCUUACGGUUUUGUAGUGGAUGGAACGAAAAUCCUUGUUUUUGGUGGAAUGGUGGAGUAUGGAAAGUACUCCAAUGAUCUGUAUGAGUUACAAGCAACAAAAUGGGAAUGGCGCAAAUUGAAACCAUCACCGCCAGAUAAGGGAAUUGUCGGUCCAUGCCCGCGUCUUGGGCAUAGUUUCACACUUGUUGGUGAUCGUGUGUUCUUAUUUGGGGGUCUUGCCAAUGAGAGUGAUGACCCAAAGAACAACAUUCCCAAAUAUCUCAAUGAUCUGUAUGUGCUCAAUAUCCGUACGGAACCAAUGACAUGGGAAGUACCCCAAACAAUUGGGGAACGACCACCACCACGGGAAUCCCACACAUGUGUCCUAUAUACGGAUAAAUCACGUAGGAAUUUUCUCGUAAUCUACGGCGGUAUGAGUGGUUGUCGUCUCGGUGAUCUAUGGCUCCUCGAUACGGAUUCAAUGACCUGGAGUAGACCCACAACAGCUGGGAAUCCCCCAUUGCCACGCUCUCUGCAUACAAGCACCCUUAUUGGCCAUAGAAUGUUUAUCUUUGGUGGUUGGGUACCAUUUAUUCCGGAUGAAGGAAAGGUUGUGGCGGAAAAGGAAUGGAAGUGCACAAAUACGCUUGCAUGCUUAAAUCUCGAAUCCAUGACGUGGGAAGAAUUGUCCAUUGAUAUGGGAGUUGAAAAUAUCCCGCGUGCUCGUGCUGGACACAGUGCUGUUGGUAUUCAGAGUCGACUGUACGUGUGGUCUGGACGUGAUGGGUAUCGUAAAUCCUGGAACAACCAGGUCAGGGUUUGCUGCAAAGAUUUGUGGUACUUGGAAGUUGAAGUUCCACCACCGGCUACACGUGUAGCCCUCAUUAGGGCAUCGACAAAGAGUUUAGAAAUGUGUUGGGGUGCCGUACCAACGGCACAGUGCUACCUUUUGGAAAUUCAAAAAAUUGAUCAAGCCCCCAAAAGUCCAGCACAAGCACAACCACCACCUGCUUUGGCCAUUUCCCCGCCAAAAUUGCAACCUACACCCCCACGAAAACCACCGGAGAAUAUUCAGGGGCAACCUGUACGUGUCGUAGCACCCGUUGGUGUAAGAUUACCAACACAACAGCAAAUUAUAAGGAAACCCACCCCCGUGGCGGCAGCAUCAAUUACGGGGAAGCAAAUAAUUAUUCAGAAACCAACAGUAGCUGGUGGUAGUAGUACGAUACAACCACAAAUUUCUCAAGGUACCGUUGCGGGGGCUAAAGCACAAAUUGUCAAGCUUGUCAAAACGAGUCAAGGAAUGGCCGUUCAGACACUCCCAAAAAUGACCGUUGUAAGUGGAGCGAGUGUUAUUAGUGGCAACAGUGCAACAACAAAAACCCCAAUAAUGGGAAAUGUUGUAAAAAUUGUAUCAUCAAUGGAUAAAUUUGUCCUGAAGAAUGCAACACCCCUAACAGCAUCAGCUGGAAAGAUUCUCAUUGCAAAUCAACAACAAUCAGCUAUACGGCCUAAUCAGCAGAUUAUUGUUGUUAGUAGUAGCACAGGUGCGCGUCAAUUGCAAGUUACACCAGCUAUGCCUGUUACUAUACCCGCAACUGGAGUGUCACCAGCAACAAGUGCAACAGCAUCGGGUAUUUCAACACCUACUGGCAAAGUUCUACCACAGCGACCAAUUACAAUUACCAUGCAGAAUACAAAGACACCCGGACAGGUGAUCCACGUACCACCAAAGGCACUCCAAUUGGCCGGGGGGAAAGCCAUUACGGUACAAUUGCCAAAAACAAUGACAAUAGUCCAACCAUCGGGAAGUUCUGGACAAUCAGAACGUAUUGUUAUGCUACCGAAGGCAGUAGCACGACCCCCUGAGGAUCCGGAUACAUCAAAAGUUGAACAAUUGGAUGGCGCAUGGGAUGAAUUGGUGAAGUUUGUGGGACGCGAAGGACAUCCACCUAGGAUAGGUUUAAUGGGUGGAGCACCACCUGAUGAGCAACAACAGGAUAUCUUUCAGCAGGAAGACGCCAAUGAGACAGAUGUAGCUGAUGUGGUGGAAUCUCAAGAUAUUUCAAAGGAUGUCGUCGAAGAAAUGGGUAAGGAGGUAUUUAGUGAUAUUCCCGGAAGGAAUGAUGUGGAAGCUGCAAGUGUACUCACAUCAAUUAAAAGUGGAGAUUUGGGAGCAUCAUCAAUUAAUUUGGAUGAAGGUUCAAUCGGAGGUUCCUCAUUGAAUGAUAUAAAAACAUAUGUGGUGUAUAAACAACCACAAGAGGUGACAAAAGCUCAGCAGAGCAAUGAAGGAGAAGAAGCGAUCAAUGAACGCACAACAUUGGAUGCUCUAGCUUCUGCAGCUGUUCAACACUCAAAUCGACAACAAGCAAGCAUUGUAGCGAGUACUAGAGUAACUAAUCAGACGCCCAAUCAGAAGUCAAAUGAUGAACCAUCUGAGAAUCCAUGGUGUACCGUUGGUAUCUUUCGCGGUGUUACACAUACAGUGACGGGUUUUAUAAAUCCCGAAGAGUGGAAUAGUUCAAUGGCACCGGGUCUCACAUCGGAUUCCCUUCCGGAUCUCGAUAAAUUGAUACGUGUACCCCUUGAACAGGGGACAGCGUACAAGUUUCGUGUUUCGGCCAUAAAUGGUUGCGGACGCGGUGAUUGGGGUAAAGUUUCGUCAUUCAAAACUUGCCUACCUGGCUUCCCGGGUGCCCCAUCUACCAUAAAAAUAAGUAAAUUAACUGAUGGGGCACACCUUUCGUGGGAAGCACCCCCAACAACUGAAGGCGGUAUCCUUGAGUACUCCGUUUACUUGGCCGUAAAAUCCGUGGCGGCAAAAGAGACCGAUACAUCGGCACAACUUGCCUUUGUACGUGUCUACUGUGGCCCAAAUAGCCAAUGUACCGUCCCCAAUAGUUCUUUCCUUCUCGCCCAUGUGGACUACACCAGCAAGCCCGCCAUCAUCUUCCGUAUUGCGGCACGCAAUGAAAAAGGCUACGGACCUGCGACACAAGUUAGAUGGCUUCAAGAUCCUCAAGUGGCUAAGAUGAUGCAGUCAACAUCAAAGAGAGGUGGCACCGAGCGGACUCCCUACCAGACGGCCCCUAAGCGUGCCAAAGGUGCUCCGCAGCUCAAAAGCAUUGAAUCGUGAUGCAAUAAUGCGACAUCACAUCAACUGAAUGAAACUUAAUUUAAAAAAAAAAUUGAAUUGUCUCUUAAUAAAAAGAAUCGAGUGAAAAAAAAAACAAGCGCAACUCAUUAGAUGAAAUAAAUAUUGUCCCAUGUUUAUAUUUAAGAAAACAUUAAUUUCUUCUUUGAGACAAUUUUUCUUUUCAAUUAUUUCUUGAGUUUACAAAAAAAAGCAAGAUAUCCUUGUAAAUAUUUUGUCAUGUAAAGAAACGUUCACGUAUAAUGAAAUUUGUGUAGUAAAAAAAGAAAGAAAGAUUCUUUGAAUGCCUACCAAACGAUGUUAGAAUAAAAAAAAAAAUCCUCAUCCCAUUUUAUCUCACAAAAUCAAUCAUUAUAAAAUAUCACAUAAAUGAACAAAAAAAAUUGUUUUUAAUGAGAUUUUUUUUUUUAAAUUUUAUUUGUAGGUAUUUCAUUAAAUUAAUAAAAAAAAAGAAAAGACUAA